GCGUAUACAGAUAAAACAGAGAGACUUUUUGACCGUACAAGUAAUUAUAUUUAAACUUUCCUAGCCGGAGCUCAUUAUCAACUGAUCAUAUCACAAGAUUACAGUAGUGCCGUAGCUUCGAAUAAGCUCUGAUUUCCAUCGGAUUAAUUUUCAACAGAAUACGCCGUUAACCCAGCUGCGUCGUUCAAUCAAUUUUUUUUUCGUUUUGGGACAGGCGCGUACACGUGUAUGACUAUCAACCAGCAAUGCGGUGUUGCCUAGCCUUUUUUAUUGUUGUAUCCGUGUGGGUCCUGGCGGAUGCCCGUUCCCGCUCCAAAUCGCGCGGCCGCACCAGCUCCCAGACGGGAAAAUCCCAGUUCGAUCUGUCGACCGACAGCCCGCCCACGCGGCCCGGCACUGCUCUGCAGCGUAAUGCCGUGUACGCCACCGGAAGUGUCCCGACGGACUGCGUGCCGGUGGAGUAUUACUUCGUUAAUGCGAAUAAUCAGCUGAUGCGCAAGAACCAGAAUGUCGACCGUCCGGGGAAGGUGGCCGAUAAUGUGGGAUUUGCGUUCACAGCGUGGGAUGAUUCCGUGUGGUUUGUGGACGCUAACGGGAAGGCCUUCCGUUUCCAUUACAACAAUGAGCCAGAAGAGGUUCCCGAUGUACCCCGUGGUGUCAAAUUCCUAACCUUCGCCCCGAUGUCUUUCGAGGAGACGUACGCCUCCACCGGCGACGGCGACAUCUACCGGUACGUGGCCAACAAAUGGUUCAAACUGGAUCCGACCGGCGGCAAGAAAACCAGCGUCAGUGUCGGGAUUGACGGCUUUCUGCUGGCGGCCGACCGGAAGACCACCCGAAUAUGGUCCUUCGAUCACGAAACGCAGAAAUUUAAACGCUAUGAUACGACCGGCGUUAGUGCGGAUGUGUACGACGAGGAUCACGUGAUCGUGGUGAAAGAUAUGGAGAAUAAUGUCAAGGUCAAGACCGGCAGCCGCUGGACGGAGUUACGGGAAAAAUGCCGGCGCAUUUCGGCGUUCAGUGUGGAUGCGUUCUACUGCACGACACCCGAGGGGGACGUCAAAGCGGUGGAAUAAAAAUCGAUAUAACAAAAAUUUUAAACCAUUUUUAAGUUGCAUUCGCGUGUUACUUGGUAGCUGCGAAAUCUUAUCAGAAAUGAUUGCUAAAUGGUUUACCGUAAUCUCUGUUUGAUAACGGCUGUUUUAUGAUUGUGAUAAUGAGCAAAAAAUAGCCACUUCUGGG